AUGUGGAAAGUAGCUAUACCUGGUUGGAGACUAGGAUGGAUAAUAGUACACGAUGAAUUUGGAGUUCUUGAUGACAUUCGAAAAGCUUUAAACUCUUUGUCUCAAAGAAUAAUCGGCAGCAAUACCUUAAUCCAAGGUGCUCUACCAGCAAUUUUAAGAAACACACCCCAAAGUUUCUUCGAUUCGUUAACCAAUACCUUGGCUUUAAACGCCAAAGUAGCCUUCGAAGAAUUAAAGAAUGCCAGAGGUCUUACUCCAUUUAUGCCUCAGGGCACAAUGUAUAUGUUGGUUGAAAUACAGAUGGCGAAAUUUCCAAUGUUUGAAAAUGGAUUGGAAUUUGCAAAAAAGAUGAUGGAGGAAGAGUCUGUUUUCUGUUUACCUGGCGACUGUUUUGCAAUAUCAGGAUUUCUUAGACUUGUGAUUACAGUUCCAGAAGAGUUGAUAAGGGAAGCUUGUCAGAGAAUGACUGAAUUUUGCAAUCGUUAUUAUACACAUUAG